CUCCGAAGAUAGCUAGUUUUAUGUACACCCACACACGCAUGGCAUGAACAGAUGCAAUCAAUGCCAUUCGCCAGCCCCACCACUUCGAAUGAAUGGCACUCUGAUUCACAAUGGCCGCCCGGCCGGCCGGCUCUGGAGGUUGUCAUGUGAUGCAUCACGACAACCGUCUAUCUGUCUGUCUGUCUGUCUACUGCAUCUGCAUGACGAACAUCCGCCGCCCACUCGCCGAGGUGACCGUCUCGAUGCCGAUACGGCGCAGCAAACAUUCCUCGCAGAAGCAUGGCUCCUGCACACAUGAGAAAACAACACAACACAACACCACACAAGAGCACACACCCACAGAUGUGAUGCGCGGGGGCGGGGUGACUGGCCAGGCGUAUCUCUCACCUGCUGUGCGGGAUACUCGGCGUUCAUGAGUGUGUCGGUCAGGUUGUACUGGUCGAGGAUGGGACGGGCAGCCUCCACAGCGACGGGAUGGCGAGCGGCGAUGGCCGUGGCGCCCUCCACUGUGCUCUCCGUCGUGUAUAUGGCCACAUGUCCGUUGCCGACCUGACGCGCACACCAAUGGGACACACACACAUAGAUAUGGGGCGGCACGGCACACCGCAGCUUCCACUCACUCACCGAAAUGAAACUGUUGACGGUGUCGCCGUGUUUCAGCCCCUUGAGCAUGAUGAUUCGCCGCAGGCCAUCGUCAGCGCCCCAACGGUAGCUGAGAGACAAGCAGGAGACUCCAUACCUACGCAUCGAUCCAUCUCAGUCAGUGUUCUGCACCGCACCGACCUGUCGUGAUAGUCCACCGCCGUGUAUCCCUCCAACCUGUCCGUCAGGAGCGAACGGAAACGUUCGUCCCUCUGACCGACACACCAGACGCAACACUCACUUCUGGUGAGAACUCGGUGGUGAGUACGGAUCGUGGGGGAUAUAUGUGUGUGCCCACCUUGUUGAGGUCUUCGCUAACGACCACGGUCUCCCGCACCCCCUCCCCCGCUUGCUUCCCGCAGCUGUUGAUGAGGUGCCACACCAGCAUGGCGCUGAAGUGGGGAAACGUCAGCGUGCUCUGUACCGUCCGCACGGGCGGAUCCUCUGGGUUGUAGCUGGCCCGAUACAUGUGGUUCACGCACAUCUCGCUGAGCUGCACGACGUGGAAUCGCAGUCCGAGGAUGCUGUAGUUGCCUUCUCCGUCGCUGCGCUGCAGUGCCAUGCUCCUUCCCCGGUGCGUCAGCUGGUCUCCGAUGAUGCUGUAUGCCGCCAUGGCGAGCGGCAGGCGGUUCGUCGACGGGGCGGGGCAUGAUGACACGAUGAGACGUUUCUGCUGUGGAGGGGUGAUGCGGUAGAUGUUGGCCAUGCGUAUGAACGACGCAAUGACGCUCCACUCAUACGUGCCCUGCUCAAGCCUAAGAGGUGCAAAGACGCACAGAAACGUAGAUCAAUGGAUCCUUGGGCACGAACGGUAGUGUCUGUUGGACUUACAUAUCAGCAGAAUUCGAUAGCCACCCCGCGUCAUCCUCACCGGCACCCUUGAUCUCAAGCAGGCCAUCGAGAGAGUGGCGAGCGAGGGGGGUAUUGAUGCGCUCUAUGACACGCGCCAUUGGAAC